CGCUGUGGCUCCACGACAAGAUGGCGGUCAACGAAGGUGACGAUCUAGCAUCCCUAGAAGCCAAGACAGUCAACGAUGGAGCGAUCGUGGAAUUGUUAAGGAGAAGAUACAGCCACCACAUGAUUUAUACCUACGUCAGCGAUGUAUUGCUCUCAGUGAAUCCUUUUCAACAUCUACCCAUCUAUGGGCCAAAGGCUAUAAAAGCUUACCAGGAUUCACAGCCUAACCGGCAGUUGUCACCUCACGUGUACUCAAAAUGCAAGGCAAUUCUACGAUCAAUGCACCAUUCCUCAAAAAGCCAGUGUUGUGUGUUGACUGGUGAUAGUGCAUCAGGGAAGACUGAGUCUCUUAAACACCUCCUGGACUAUGUUGUCAGUGUUGUUUCACCCACAAGUACCAGUUUGAAAGCCAAAUUUUCAAAGGUACAGCUUAUUUUGGAAGCUUUUGGAAAUGCAGUAACAGCACAAAACAGAAACUCAAGCAGGUUUGCUAUGUUCUACGAGGUGUACUUUUCACCUGAGAUGAAGUUAUCAGGAGGAAAGGUGCACCACUACAUGUUAGAAAAAUCAAGAGUUGUUCAUCAAGAAAAGGGAGCAAAGAACUUUCAUGUAUUCCAUUAUCUUUUGUAUGGAUUGGAUGUAGAUGAACAGCAGGAGUACCACUUGAGUUCUGAAUAUCCUCACAGAUACCUCUCUUAUGACCCAACAGUUCCUCCAGUGGAUGAGACCAGCAAGAAAAUCUUAAGUGAGAAAUAUAUAGAGCUGUUAAAGUGCAUGGAGUCCGUUGGCUUUACUAAAGAGGAAAUUCUCAACGUCUCCAAGUGUUUAGUUGCUAUUCUUCACAUUGGAAAUGUUGCAUUUGGUUCAAAAACACAAACAAAUUCAGCAUUUGUGAAAGAUCCUCAGCCUGUGAAAUGCGCUAGUUCACUUCUUGGUGUGUUAGAGGAUGAUAUGGGUGAGGCUCUGAUAAAGGGAAUCACCUACCAAAAAGGUGAGAAGAUAUCAAUUCAAAAGCCUGUGGGUCUGGCUAAUGAAGGGCGAGACAACUUAGCCAAGAUGCUGUAUGGUCGCUUGUUUGGCUGGCUUGUGUUGAAAGUAAACAGCUGCUUGAAGGAUAAAGAUAAUGAACUAAGGCAUUACACAGGCCCAUCCCUUGGACUGCUUGAUAUUUUUGGGUUUGAAAAGUGUGAAGUAAAUGGUCUUCAGCAACUCUGCAUCAACACUGCAAAUGAGCAGUUGGCACAUUUUUACAACCAACGUGUUUUUGCUUGGGAACAGGAGGAGCUUGAAUCAGAAGGCCUGAAAACCCAAAAGAUAUCCUAUUAUGAUAACAAGAAAGUUGUUGACCUUUUGCUUAAUCCACCCCAAGGGCUGCUGCCGAUUUUGGAAGAUGAAAGCAAAACAGCCCUUUCCACUGAUGCAGCCUUCGUUAAAAAAUGCAGUUCUGCUCAUCGGAAGCACUCCAAUUAUGGGAUGACCAAAUCACCUUAUCCAUCCUUCACUAUAAGGCAUUAUACUGCUGCUGUGACUUAUGUGGCAUUGGGUUUCAUGAACAGUAACAAGGAAAUGCUGGGUGCAAGUCUUCUUCACUGCAUGCAAGGAAGCAGCAAUGAGUUUGUGAGUAGACUUUUCAGGGCUACCAUUUCAGGGACAGGUUCAUUAUCAGUGCAUCAAGAAAGAUCAGCGGUUCCGGAAAUUUUGAUGCAAAUGAAGAAAAACAAAAAGAAUCCGACUUUAAGACAUAAAGCAGCUGUCGUGCAACACUUGACUGGUACAGAAUCUCGUCAAGCAGAACGGGGUUUCCACACAACGGGAUCCCAGUUAAGAGCUUCCAUCGCCGAACUUAUGAAGAAAGUGUUGUCUUGUGAAGUGCAUUUUAUCAGGUGUAUCAAGCCAAAUUCGUAUCAGUCCCCCGACCGAUUUGAUCCCGACACGGUUCUCGCUCAAGUGAGGGCGCUGGCUGUGGUUCAGACGAUUCAGAUGAGGAAUUUUGGGUUUCCUGUUUGGUUCCCAUUUGACGUCUUCAUCAAAAGGUUUGGCAUCCUGGCUGGUCUGCCCUUAGGUGCGUUUGUGAAAGACAGUAAUCAGACAUGUCAGAAGAUGCUUCGUCAGUUGGCAGGUUCUCAAGGUUGGAGAAUGGGUAAAACUAAGGUGUUUUUGAAGUAUUGGUGUUUAGAAAGGUUGUACACACUCCUGGAUCGCUUCGACUCUGUGGCUGUCGUUAUACAGAAAGUUGUCAGAGGCUGGCAGGCGAGGGCUCUUUAUUCCAGACUGAAACGGCUGAAAGGGGUACAGGAAAAUAAUGUGAAAAGUUUCCUGAAUACGAUCGGCGGUCGAAGUGAGACGAUGUUUCAACACAACACCAAUCAAGUCAAGGAGGAGGACUCAAAACAAAUACAUAAACAAAACGAGAUGGCCAAUGUGAACAGACAGGCAUGGAGCCCGAACCUUCUGAACCAAAAGAGUCCAUCGGCAUCCUCACAAACGUCAAGUUUCGAUUUCCCAGAUGCAGGCUCACCGCCAACUUCCCCUCGCCCCAAUCCUCCGCAGCAGAGAAUGUCUGACUUAUCACUGGGUUCUGUCUCCGAUAUAUUCGGCCCAGACUCUCCUACAAGUCCCGGUCGUCCUCAGUCGAGAACGUCUAACUUAUCAGUGGGUUCUGUGUCUGAUGUAUUCAGCCCAGACUCUCCUACUCGUCCCGGUCCUCCACAGUCGAGAGCGUCUAACUUAUCUUUGGGUUCUGCCUCUGAUCUAUUCGGCCCAGACUCUCCUACACGUCCCGGUCCUCCGAAGUCGAGAUGGUCUGAUUUGUCCAUUCUCUCCAUUGGAUCCACGUUUUCAAAUGAAUCUGAAACAGAAUUUGAUGCCGCACCCCUGGUUUGGUGUAAAAUAACUUGCUAUGAGAGGGAAAUUCCUCUAAGUGAGUUCUCCAUUGAUCGUCCGUCAAUCAUCAUCGAUGGCUCCAAUAACGCUUUUGACGUCACAAGGAUCGGCCUCGGAGCGUUACCACCAAGUUCUGACCCCAAGAUUACAAGACUGCGGAACUACGUUGGAAAGGGAAUAGAGAUUGUGAACGAUGAGCAAGGAAACGUAUGGGUGACUCGAGGAAGCAAGAACCACAUUUUUGUGAAGGGUCAUUUCCUAUCCGAAGAGGUGAUCGCUUCAACAGGGGUCCUAGAAAAAGAUGUCACUCUUAAGGUUUUUGAUUGGGAGUCUUUUGCAGCCCUAGUUCAGUAUCACUGCCUUGAGUCCAAAAACUUUGAUUCUGAUAUUGAGGAAAGGAUUUUGUCGAGUACCUCGGUCUACUUCAGUUUUGUGAAAGAUGGCGAGGAUGAUGUCAACACGCCAUGUUGGGCUCAGCUUGAUGUUCUGUCUGCCUUUAAUCAAGCUAAAGCUGCCUGUAAAUAUGCCCGCGAAAGAAAACUCCAAGAAAAACAAAAGAAGCAGAAUGCACUGCCACCGAUUCUUCGUCCCAAGACGAAGAAAUCCCGUGAGUUAGCUGCUGUAGCUAAUUUCCAAGAACAGAUUCGCCCCAGACGUUUCGUUGACACGGAAAAAUUAAACCGGAAGGCAUGGGCGCGAACGGAAGUGGUCAUGAAUCCUUUUCUUUAUGGUAAAAAGGAAAACCUCGCAAUUAUGAAAGUGCUUCAGAAGGAGACAAAUGGGGAAUCCAGAAAAAGUCUCGAUACUGCCUCUCCCAAGUCCCCUUCUGCCGUAUUUGGCAACAACAAUGACAUGACGGACGGGGAUCCUGAGCAGAUCACUGUUGUGAUUGACAAGGUGGAUGAUGUUGGUGAAAUGUUGAGUCAGGAGACACAUACUACAACCAUACAAAAGCCUGGUCGCGAAAAACCCGGCAAGAAAGUCUGGGCCAAGAAAAAACAUGCCGAGGACAAAGCUGAUAAGGCAAAGAAAAAAUCCUCCUCAAAGUUCAGAUAAAGCCAUUAUUCUAAAGUUUCCCGUUUAUUGUCAGGCGAAAUGGAAGAACAUUGCGCGUCACGACUUUUUUACGACAGGAUCUUAAAUAGUGUAAUGAUAUGUAGCCUCUCUUUCUUGCUCCAGCGCGACCUGAGUGAUUGUCACGAGAUCCUAUUUUUCGUCCUAGACCCCUUGCUGGGUAAACGCAAUACAUGUGCUGGAAAUUAUAUUUAUAUACACUUUUAUUUAUCGGUACGUCACAGAAAAGGAAAAGGAGGGUUUUGUAUUCUGUUUUCUUAAUUGGAAUGCGCGACACAUUUUUAGCGUGACUGUUUCCAAUCAAAAUCUUAGGUAUUGCUCGGAUGAUUAUUUAAUAGAUAUCGUAAUUCGACUAUUACUAAGUUUCCACGGGAAAAUCCGAAUCACUGCCAGGGCUAAAACUAGCACAAUUGUAUGAAUUAGUCUUUAGUUUUCGACGACAAGAAAAAUUGCAUUCUUAACCUUGUAUUGCAAAACAUUUUUAAAAGCGCGUGUUUUGUCUUCCCUGUAAGACCUUUCCUUCUUUAAGACCGCUUUUGCAUUCAUUUAUUAUAUAUGCGCAAAAUGUAUAGAUUAUGUGGUAAUUUAGUAGUUUUGUAAUACCAGUAAUUUUUCUUGAUUAUUCUAUAUUUAAAUUUUUAUAGAUGAUACUUUUGUAGAGCCUUCACAGAUGAGUAAGAGCCACAUCUUUUUAUGUGGAUAUGCUGUGAAUAAAUUAUUAUUAUUAUUAGUAUUCGUCGAUUGUCGCAUCGGCAUCGCAAACUCAUGAUGCGAGACUUGCAACCUAUUGCAGUACUAUAGGUAUCGCUUGAAAAAUAUUUUUGGCGGGUUAACCGUACUGGGAUUGUAACCAUGACCUGCUGGAUCAGGGGAACAGACAAUUAUUUAAUAGAAAAUUGUUUGUAGCUAAAAUUAUUUAUGCUGGGUUUGAUUAUCGAUAAAUUAAAGUUCUGUUUAUGGCAA